AUGGGCGGCAAGCUGAGCAAGAAGAAGAAGGGCUACAACGUGAACGAUGAGAAGGCCAAGGACAAGGACAAGAAGGCCGAGGGCGCCGGCGCCGAGGAGGAGGGGGCCACCCCCAAGGAGAACGCGGCGCCCCCCGCCGCCGACGUGAAGGAGGGCGCCAAGGAGGCGGCGGCGGGCCCCGAGCCCGCGGAGCCGGCCAAGGCGGAGGAGCCCGCGGCGGCCGCAGCAUCAGCAUCAGCAUCAGCCUCAGCAUCAGCAUCAGCAUCAGCAUCGGCAGCGGCGGCCGACAAGGGCCCCGCGCCCGCCGCGCCCAAGGGAGACGCGGCCGCGCCCAAGGCCGAGCCGGAGCCCGCGGAGCCGCAGGCCGAGCCCGCGCCCGAGGCUGCGGCGGCCGGAGCGGGGGCAGAGCCCGCCCCGGCCCAGCCCGACGAGCCGGGCCCCGGCGCCAAGACUGAGGCGCCCCCCGCGCCCACCGGCGCGCCCGAGACCCAAAGCAGCAGCAGCGGCGGCGACGCGGCCCCCGCCGCCUCGGACUCGAAAGCCGGCGGCGAGCCCGCGCCCGCCCCCAAGGAGCCCCCGUCGGAAGCCCCCAGCCCCACGCCCAAGGCCCAGGCCCCCGCAGACGCCCCGCAGACGCCCCCCGCCGACGAGCCCAAGGCCCCCGGGGGCCCCGCCGCCAGCUCCGAGCAGAGCGUGGCCGUCCAGGAGUAG